GACAUUCACACACAUCACCACACGACACUAAACCUAAGUAGCAACAUCCUAUUAAGUAUAUUUCUCCAUUGUUUUUCUCGUCGACCACAUAUUCAGUCCAGUCAAGAUUAUUCAGUCUUCUCUCAGAACAGCUUCUUCAAUUCUUGAUCUAUAAGAGCCAAGCCGCUUGAGGUGGCUGGCGGGCUGUGCAAAAACAGUCCAUCAUCAUCGCUGACCUUGCUACUGUGCCACUCUACCACUCCCAGCCAGUCAGCACUGCCCCUCUAGAUCGCCUGCAAGUCAGGUUGGCGCGCAAUAAAGGUACAAGUUUGCCUUCUUGACGUACGACUGACAUAACCCUUCUUGCUAUCCACCUCGACCUUUAUUAACGUCCCUCAUCUCCCAACUCGUCUGCGGAUAGAAUUGAUUGCAGAAACUUCAGAAUGUCAUACCAACAGCCAGGUUAUGGGUAUAGUACCCCGCCGCCAAGCAAUUCUCCUUAUCCUCAACAACAACCUUACGGCGCGCCACCUGUACAACCUCCCUACGGUCAGCCACCUCCUCAAGGCUAUCAACAGCCCUACGGACAACCUCCACCACCUCAAGGGUACGGACAAGGACCUCAGGGCUACCAACAACCUCCGUACGGGCAGCCCCCACCACAACAAUACUCACCACAAGGACAAUACGGCGCUCCCCCUCCUCAGGGACAGUAUGGAGCUCCUCCGCCUCAGCAAUAUCCUCCCCAGCAGUACGGAUCUCCAGCUCCUCCUGUGGGUGGGUAUGGAGCACCUCCUCCCCAGCAAUACCCCCCUCAACAAUACACACAACCGACUCCUCCAUCAUUGGGCUACGGACCAAUGUUCGCCCCACAGGGAUAUAUGCCAGAUGCAGACGCGGACCUGUUGAGGAAAGCAAUGAAAGGAUUCGGUACAGACGAAAAAACCUUGAUCCGAGUACUCGCAGACAAAGACCCUAUUCAAAUCAAUGCUAUCCGAACAGCAUAUCACAACCGACAUAAACGACACUUGCUGAACGACGUACAAGGUGAAACGAGCGGAUGGUUCGAGGAGGGACUUUGUGCUCUUAUUCGCGGGCCACUACAACAAGAUGUCGUUCUAUUGAGACAAGGAACAGAAGGACCGGGUACAAAAGAGAAGGUCUUGAACGAUGUACUGCUUGGUCGUUCUAAUGCAGAUAUGCGGGCGAUCAAGGAAGCUUUCCAGAAUACAUACAGAACAUCUCUCGAACAUGUCAUAAAGGGCGAGCUAUCUAUGAAGACAGAGCGACAUUUCCUCAUGGUCCUAGCAGCUAACAGGAACGAGGAAAGUGCACCUGUUGUACCUCAACAAAUUGAUCAGGAUGUCAUGGACAUCUACAGGGCAACUGAGGGGAAAGUUGGUACAGAUGAACUGCUUGUUUGCAGUAUCUUGAGCCAGAGAAGCGACAGGCAGAUUGGGGCAAUUGCACAUACAUACAAGCAGAAAUUUACUCGGGAUCUGGAAACUGUCAUUAAGAAGGAAUUCUCAGGCCACAUGGAACUGGCUCUCCUGCAACAACUCCGCACAGGUACCGAUAGAGCUAUGCGUGAUGCUCUCCUUCUCGAGGAUGCUAUGGCAGGCAUGGGCACAGAAGAUAGACUGUUGGUCAACCGUGUUGUGCGCAUGCAUUGGGACCGUAAUCAUAUGAUGCAAGUCAAGGGUGCUUAUCAGCAUCGUUUCCACAAGAGUGUUACACACAGGAUCCGUGGGGAGACAAGUGGUGAUUAUGAGAGGUUGAUGUGUGCCUGUUUUGGCGAGUAGGCUGAUUUGGGGGUGGGUAACGAGACUGGAUAGAUGGGUUGUAUGAAGUAUUACGGCAGUAGGAUAGUCUUUUGAUACUAAGUAUUGUUAAUGUUUUAC